AUGCUGAGCCGACUGAUGAGCAGCAGCAUCAGGAGUCUGGACAGGGAAUGCAACUGCACCGUAAGACUGCUGGACGAUUCGGAGUACACCUGCACGAUUCAGCGGGAUGCCAAGGGACAGUACCUGUUUGACCUCAUCUGCCACCAUCUCAACCUGCUGGAGAAAGAUUACUUUGGCAUUAGAUAUGUUGACCCAGACAAGCAGAGGCAUUGGUUGGAGUUUACAAAGUCAAUUUCCAAACAAAUGAAAUCCCAGCCUCCAUUCACCAUGUGUUUGCGUGUCAAGUUUUACCCACCUGACCCUGCUGCCCUGAGAGAGGAAAUCACCAGAUAUCUCGUCUUCCUGCAGGUUAAGAGAGAUCUCUACCAUGGUCGUCUCCUGUGCAAGACAUCAGAUGCUGCUCUGUUGGCUGCCUACAUAUUGCAAGCUGAAAUCGGUGACUAUGACCCUGGGAAACAUCCAGAGGGUUAUAGCUCCAAGUUCCAGUUCUUCCCUAAGCACUCAGAGAAGCUGGAGCGGCGGAUUGCUGACAUCCACAAGACUGAACUGAUAGGUCAGAGUCCUGAGACAUCAGAGCUCAACUUCCUCCAGAAGGCUCAGAUGCUGGAGACGUAUGGAGUGGACCCACAUCCAUGCAAGGAUGUAUCUGGCAACCCGGCUUUUCUGGCUUUUACUCCUUUUGGAUUCACUGUGCUGCAAGGAAACAGGAGGGUUCAUUUCCUUAAAUGGGAUGAGGUGACCAAACUCAAGUUUGAAGCAAAGACAUUCCAUAUAUAUGCAAAUCAGAAGGAGGAUAAGAAGAUCAUACUGACAUACUUUGCACCAACGCCUGAGGCCUGUAAGCAUCUGUGGAAGUGUGGAGUUGAAAAUCAGGCCUUCUAUAAGUUGGAGAAGUCGAGUCAAGUCCGCACUGUAUCCAGUAGUAACCUCUUCUUCAAGGGUAGUCGCUUUAGAUACAGUGGAAAGGUUGCAAAAGAGGUAAUGGAACAAAGUGCCAAAAUUAAGAGGGACCCCCCUGAGAUCCACAGAGCUGGCAUGGUGCCAAGUAGGAGCUGUCCAUCCAUCACCCAUGGUCCUCGUUUGACUAGCGUGCCCAGGACCCGACGGAGAGCUGUACACAUUUCCAUCAUGGAGGGUCUGGAGUCCCUACGAGACAGCGCCCACUCCACGCCUGUACGCUCUGUCUCUCAUGGCGACUCCUUCAUGUCUUCUCGGGGCCACCUUAUGGAUGGCAGCGAGGCAAGCACAUCAGCAGUCAUCUCAGACGAGGCCUACAGCCCCUCAGACAGUGUGCUGCCUACACCCGUGGCUGAGCAUGGGAUGGAGAUGCCUGUGGCGCGCCACCUCAAUGGCGCAACCUGCAGUGUUGAUGAAGACAAGGAAUCGGAGGCAGGGGCAUCGAUGGAGGGGCAGGCAGCAGAGUUCAGGCCCGGCAAGAGAGCAUUGCGUAUGGUAAGAAGCAGGCCGUCACCACCUAGUGACGUAGAGGAGCUGAACAAGUUCAUCCUGAGUGUUUUACGUUUGUUCCUGGUCACCAUCGGACUGCUGUUCGCCCUGUUGCUGCUGCUCAUCAUGCUGACAGAGUCAGACCUGGACAUUGCCUUCCUGAGAGACAUCCGCAAGACACCUGAAUUCCAGCAAUUCCACUUUGAAUACUUCUGCCCACUGCGGCGCUGGUUCGCCUGUAAGUUACGAUGGAUGGGAGGUUUCCUCGUCAGCAAGUGA